CUUUGUUUUAAAAGACAAUUAUAUCUCGUGCUUCUGAUCCUAUUAUUACUUUGUCUAUAAUACUUAAUUAUGAGGGAGUGCAUUUCAGUUCAUAUAGGACAAGCUGGCGUUCAGAUUGGUAACGCUUGCUGGGAGCUAUACUGCCUGGAACAUGGCAUUCAGCCUGAUGGUCAUAUGCCCUCUGAUAAAACAGUUGGGGGCGGCGAUGAUUCCUUCAAUACUUUCUUUAGCGAAACUAGUGCCGGAAAACAUGUGCCGCGAGCAGUUUUCGUGGACUUAGAACCAACUGUUGUUGAUGAGGUGCGUACUGGCACUUAUCGCCAGCUGUUCCAUCCCGAGCAGUUGAUUACUGGCAAGGAAGAUGCGGCUAACAACUAUGCUCGUGGUCACUACACGAUUGGCAAAGAGAUUGUGGACAUUGUGCUGGAUCGAAUCCGUAAGCUGGCCGAUCAAUGCACGGGUCUUCAGGGAUUUUUGGUUUUUCACUCAUUCGGCGGAGGAACUGGCUCGGGAUUUACAUCGUUGCUUAUGGAGCGUCUAUCAGUUGAUUAUGGAAAAAAAUCAAAGCUGGAGUUUUCUAUAUAUCCAGCUCCACAAGUUUCAACCGCUGUAGUUGAGCCAUACAAUUCAAUUUUGACUACCCACACCACCCUGGAGCACUCUGACUGCGCAUUUAUGGUUGACAAUGAAGCCAUAUAUGACAUUUGUCGUCGGAACUUAGACAUCGAGCGACCCACCUAUAUGAACCUAAAUCGCUUAAUUGGCCAAAUAGUUUCCUCAAUAACAGCAUCGUUGCGCUUCGACGGAGCGCUUAAUGUUGAUUUAACAGAGUUCCAAACCAAUUUAGUUCCCUACCCACGCAUUCACUUUCCUUUGGCUACAUAUGCUCCAGUAAUUUCCGUUGAAAAAGCUUAUCACGAACAAUUAACUGUUGCUGAAAUAACAAACGCUUGCUUUGAACCCGCCAACCAGAUGGUCAAGUGCGAUCCAAGGCAUGGCAAAUAUAUGGCUUGCUGUAUGCUCUAUCGGGGUGAUGUGGUACCAAAAGAUGUAAAUGCAGCAAUCGCCACAAUCAAGACUAAGCGAUCAAUUCAAUUCGUGGACUGGUGCCCGACUGGCUUCAAAGUGGGCAUUAAUUAUCAGCCACCCACAGUGGUGCCUGGCGGCGACUUGGCCAAGGUUCAACGUGCUGUAUGCAUGUUGUCCAACACCACAGCCAUUGCUGAAGCCUGGGCUCGUUUGGAUCACAAAUUUGAUUUAAUGUAUGCCAAGCGUGCUUUCGUACACUGGUACGUUGGGGAAGGCAUGGAGGAAGGCGAAUUCUCUGAAGCUCGGGAGGAUUUGGCAGCACUUGAGAAGGAUUAUGAAGAGGUCGGAAUUGAUUCUACUACCGAAGUCGACGAGGGUGAUGAAUACUAAGGAAUGACGAAUAUUUAGAGCUGAUUAAAGUUAAUGGAUCACAUUUUAUACUCUACAUAACAAACCUACGAUUUUUGAAGAAAAUAAA